AUGUCUUUCUGGCAAGAAAAUAAGGGCACAUUCAAAAAGGCUGGUAUAGCCACUGCCAAGGGAAUUGGAAGCGGUACUAAGGCACUAGGUAAAGCUGGUUACAAAACUUAUAAAAACAGUGAAGCAAAACGGAAAGGUCUUUCCCCUCAAGAGGAAUCUGAGCCUGGAUCGUCGGCCCCAUUACCGCCAAUGGCACCAGCACAGAACUUAAGCAACCUUCCGUUGCCUCCAAAGAGAAAUGUUGCAACGUAUGAUGUUCCUUCCAAAGGUGAAAGGUCGAAGUAUCUGAGUGUUUCCGCACAUCCACAAGGUCAAGUUAGUCAAGGGCAAGAUCAAGGAGUUCCUCCGCCAGCUUAUCAGCAGCAACAACAACAACAACAACAACAACAACAACAACAACAACAACAACCUCAGUUGCAAAAUUACAGUCAGCAAUAUGCUCCACCAGUACAAACACCAGGGCAAGCGCCCGGUCAAGUUCAAUAUGCUCCCGCAGAACAAGGACAAUGUGCUCCACCACAGGGUCAAUACCUGCAACCUGGACAGAUCCAACCUCAACUUUCUAUUUCACAGCCACAAUUGCCAACUAGGGCCAUUCCGGAGGUGCCUGUCUAUCAAAAUCAGCAAAAUCAGCAAAAUCAGCAAAAUCAAAGUCAGAAUCAAAAUCAGAAUGUGAUUCCUCUGGCACUUUCCAACGCAUUCUCGCUGGCCGUAGCUGGUGCUGUCACUCAGACAGUUAAUCAGAGCGUCAAUCAAUUUGCACUGAACCACAAUAGUGGCCAGAAUCAGGGCCAAGGGCAAAACCAGAAUGCCCUGGGUCAGGGUCUGGGCAUUCAGGGCCAGGUCGCAGGUCAGAACACUCAAGGACAGAAUCAAGGACAGGGUCAGAAUUUCCAGUCUCAAUUACAGACACAGUUCCAGAACAAUCUUCUGAAUCAGUUUCAGAGUCAAAUUCUGAACUCAUUCAAGAACCAUUUUCUGGGGCAGUCGAAUAGCGCUCAAUCAACUGUUGAUGUUCAGCAACCGCAGCAACCGCAGCAACCUCAGCAACCUCAGUCUCAACUUCAACAUGGAGAAUACCAAACAAAUCCUCAGGGUCCUCCCUCACUUCCAGGUAGAAAUGGGUCAAUUCAGACUAUACCACAGACUCAGCCAGUCUACUACCAGGCACCAGGAACAAUUCAACCCCAGGGACAGUCUCAGGUACAACCUCAGGUACAGCCUCAGGUCCAGUCCCAACAACCACAGCCUCAGUACGGACAUGUUGCUGCUCCCGUUCCAGUUGCUCCAACUGUAGUUUCUGCGGUUCCGGACCAACAACCUGCUUCCGUCACUAGUCCAGUUGAUACUCCAAAGCUGUACACCAAGAGUAGAGCUGGACAUUACGAGAUUGGUGAAGAUGGUGAGCAGAAGUACAUUCCAAAACCGGCUCCAGAUGCCAGUCAAUUUGCACUUCCUCCUGUUAGAAAAGAUCGUGUGAAUCCACCCCCCAAGCCAGUUGCGAAAGCUGGAGCACUGGGUAUUUCGGUCCCAGUAUCUCCAGGUGUGACCCCUACAGUUAUUUCUCCACCAAACUCCAGGCCCGUUCCAUCUGUUCCAUCGUUGCCAGCGAGAAAUUCUAUCACAUCUGUAUCUUCAGAAGUGUCAGCACCCUCCACUGCCGAUACAAAUGAACCUGCGGUAGAGAAAAAGCCAAUUAAAUUUGUUGAUAUAGAUAUUAACAAGUUUGGACCUCCACCCCCUCGAAUUUAUAGAGGAAAUGAAGAUCCAUCGCGUUCUUCACAUCAUAAGCCGCUUUCCUCGACCAAACUGGGCUCGUUAGCUGGGGAUGCUAUGUCGCCACCUGUAUCUGCUGCUCGACCUUCUGCCGCUCCACCUUCUGUGUCAACGGCUAUCUCGCAAACACCACAACUACCAGCUAGACAGGACACAAAGAAAACUCCUCCACCAAAGCCUUCAAAGCCGGCCAAGCCUCUCAAGCCAAGUUUUAAUCGAACCGAGUCUAUUCUGAAUGAGGAUGCUCGUCAGAAUUUGCCAGCUUCGCCUCCUCCACCGUAUGAAUUUGAGCAAGUGGAAAGCAAGCCAGAAGUUCAACUUCCUGCCGUGACAGCCUCGUCCGGAGUUCCAAAUUUCGCUGCACAGAUAGCCAGUUUACGAACUGUCAAUUCUGAAGCUUCGAAGUCACCGGAGCCACCCACAAAACCCUCGAAGCCAGUAUUCGGACUGAAACCCGUGGUUGGACUGAAACCUGCGGUUGGACUGAAGCCUAUGGUUGGAAUGAAACCCGUGGUUGGACUGAAACCUGCGGUUGGACUGAAGCCUGUGGUUGGACUGAAACCCGUGGUUGGACUGAAACCUGUGGUUGGACUGAAACCCGUGGUUGGACUGAAACCUGUGGUUGGACUGAAGCCGGAGGCAUUUACUGAUGACAAACUUUCUUUACCUGGUCACACCAUAGAACCAGCUGCACCCUCUUUACCUGCUCGUCACUCCGUGGACUCAAUCUCCAGGGAAACUACAGAUUCGCCUCCGAAGUCUGCCAAGUUGCAUUCGGAUUCGUCUUCGGAGAAGAAGUCGCCGCCGGUUAAGCCCAAACCACUUGUCAAGCCCAAAUUGCACGUGGAGUCGCCUAUUAAUCCUGCUAGUCUGAUUACACCUGUGCUUUCUGCUGCUUCUGCUGUCCCUCCUGUGGCCUCACCGAGACGAUCUCCUGCCCCUCCACCUCCUCCAUCGCGUUCAGCAUCUACUCCAAAGCCUACAAAACUUUCAACACCUCCACCACCUCCUCCUCCAAGGAACUAUAACCGUGCACCAGCACCUACACCUGCAGUGGUGCCAUCCUUACCCCCAGAUCUAGAUUUGGAGCUAUCAUCUGGUUGGUUUACUAAUACUUCCUCGCCUCUUCAACUUCCGAAGUCGUUGGAAGGUUUAAACUACUCGUCGUCGUACCUGUACUCUACGAGAACCACUCCCUUGGGCAACUUCUCUGACCACACUAGGGAGAUUUUGGUUACUCUCAAGGACUUGUCGAAGGUCACCUACAAGAUCCAUUGGAAGAAUAAUGAAGCCUCGACAGCUGCAACUGAAAUUGCCCACUUUGUUCCUUCUCCACUCACCAACAAGCCACUCACUACUCAAGAAUUGAUAGCAUCCAGCAAUCAGUUCGGCGGUCAUGUUGCUGCCUGGUGUUUGCAUAACGAAGGUAGUCAGGUCGGAAGUGGAGAGUGCUGGGACUUGGCCCACAAUGCUCUUCAGAAAGGAUGUGGUAAGCACGCGUUUGUUUCCACGUACUAUCACCAUGGAUAUCCAAUUCUCAAGCUUCGUGGAGAAAAUGGUGGAGCCGUUGUCGAAAAUGGUCCCCACGAUGAGAUCCGGAAGGGAGAUGUUCUACAAUUUACAAGAGCCAAAUUUGAAGAUCGUGCGAAUGGGUCUACCCAGACAGCAGGAGACCCCAACCACACGUCCGUCGUCAUUGACAAAAUUGGCGAUCGUAUCUUGGUUGCGGAACAAAAUGUACAGGGUGUUCGUACUGUGAGAAAAGGCGAGUAUGUUUUGGGUAAUAUUGUUAGUGGGUCGGUAGUGGUGUACCGACCUGUUUCUGCGCAGUGGGCAGAGUAA